AUGACAAAAAAACAAGAUAAAAAUGGCUCAAAACAAUCAAAUAAACUUGAAACUUUGGGGAAUGAGGUUACUAUGAAUUUGAAUAACAUUCUUUAUCAGAAUAUUCAAGCUUCUCCUUAUUUCAAGCAACUUUAUGAAUUAAAAACCUAUCAUGAAGUUAUUGAUGAAAUUUAUAAUCAUGAACCAUUCCUAAAGGGAACAACAGCUUCGACAGCAUUUUGUUUAUUAUAUAAACUUUGGACCCUUCGAUUAACCGUUAAACAAGUAUCAGGAUUAAUUGAACAUCCUGAUUCACCAUAUAUUCGUGCUUUAGGAUUUUUAUAUCUUCGAUACGUUUGUAAACCAGAAAAUUUAUGGGAAUGGUUUGAAGCAUAUUUAGAUGAUGAAGAAGAGCUUCAAGUUCAAGGUGGCGCUCGUCCAAUAAUAAUGACAAUUGGUAAAAUUUGCAGUCAACUAUUAACUGAACAAAAAUGGCUUGGUACCAUACUACCACGUAUUCCUGUUCCAAUAGCACGUGAUAUUGAUCAAAGAUUAAAAGAAUAUUCAUCACAAGAUCUUCCACCAACACCACUACCACCUUCAUCAUUAACAAGUGGAUUUCUUCAUCAUUUGCUAGGGAAUGAGCCAAGACCAUCUGAUCGUGCUGUUUCGAGACGUGGUGGUGAAGAUGAAGAAAGAGAGCAUAGUAGCAGACGUAGUAGAACACGUAGUCGUAGUAUUGAACAAGGAGGAGGAUCUUCGAGAUCACACAGAUAUAGAGAUUAUGAUUAUGAUCGAGGACGUCGAGAUCAUGACAGAUACAGAGGAGAUCGAGAACGCAAGCGUAGUAGGAGUGAUAGCCGUGAGCGUUAUCAUCAUCAUAGACGGCAUAGAAGUUCUAGUCGUGAUAAUAAAGAAAGAGAUUAUGAUAGUGGUAGACGCUCAUCAGGUAAUGACUAUGAUCGUAAUAAAAGAAGACAUGACGAUGAAAGAAGUUAUGAGCGUCGCAGAAGCAGAAGUCCUAAAAAUUAA